GGUUAUUAAGUUGGGCAUUGCAGUAAUUGUUACUUUUGGAAUAGUAUUUUGUCCUUUCUUAGUUUCUCUAGAACAAAUUUCACAAGUCAUUAUUCGCAUAUUCCCAUUACAACGUGGAUUAUAUGAAGACAAAGUCGCGAAUAUUUGGUGUGCAAUUAAUAUAAUUAUCAAAUUGAGAGAAAUUCUGGGUAUCCAAGCAUUGGCUAAAAUUAGGUAA